AUGCUUUUUUUAAUUUCCAAAAUUUCUCAUGGGAUUCCAUCUACAAGAAUCCCAAUUGAAUUGCCCUUGAGAUUUAUCGACGAUAGCUAUUAUGAAACUAAUAUAUUAAUUGGUAAUCCACCACAAAAUAUUGGGGUGCUGGUGGAUACAGGUUCUAGUGAUUUAUGGGUUAAUUCUCCCAAUAAUCCUAAUUGUUAUAAUGGCAAUAUAGAUUGUACAGGCUUUACAUUCUUCAAUAAAUCAAAUUCCAAAACUUUUUCUAAUAUUUAUAAAAAUUCUAUAUUCCAAAUAGGUUACCAAGAUGCAUCAUAUACAUUUGGUAAAUGGGGAGUUGACAGUAUAUCGAUUAAUAGUUCUUAUUCCGAUAGUAAUGAAGACACUGGGUUAUAUGCAAAUAUCCCAAAUGCGCAAUUCGCUAUUGCUACAAAUUCAAAUGUUCCAGUUCAAGCAGUAUUAGGGCUUGGAUUUCCUCGUAGAGAAGCUGUAAAUGGUUAUAAGUUGGCUACUAAUAAAUUUUAUCCAAAUUUACCGCAAUUAAUUAAACAACAUGGAUAUUCAGAUAAUGUGACUAUUGCUAUGUAUUUAGGAAGUAAUGAAACAUAUAACUCUAUCAUGUUUGGUGCUUAUGAUAAAACUAGAUAUAUAGGAGACCUGCAUAAUUUCCCAAUGGUUAACCAAUAUCCAAAUGUUACCGACAAGCCAGCAACUUUCGCUAUUACGUUGGAUUCAAUGUACAUUUCAAUGGAUAAUAACCAAAGUGAUAAUAUUUAUAUUUCAAAUGAUGAAAAGUAUUCCGUUGUAUUAGAUUCAGGUACCUCUUUACUAAGUGCUCCAGAUCAUUAUGUUUCAAAAAUUGCUGGUCUUCUUAAUGCAACUUUUGACAAUACUACACAUAUGUACUUAUUACCUUCUGAGACCGAUCUUACAUUGUACAAAGAUAUGAUAAUAAAUUUCAAGUUCAUGGAUUUCAAUGUUCCUAUUAAUAUGUUGGAAUUCAUCCUCCCUUAUGAUGACAGUUAUGUCUUUGCCAUCUUACCCACUAAAAAUGUUAAUACCGGAUUUGUAUUGGGUGAUAUUUUUCUACCACAUGUUUACACAAUUUUCAAUUUAGAUAACUAUACGAUAUCCUUGGGAUUGUCGAAUCAAAAUAUUACUUCUAAUGAAAGGGAAAUUACUUGGAUUUCAUAA